UUGUGUGCAUUCAUUAAACCAUAUGAUCGAAGAAAAGCUGAAAUACAAUUUUGGGAAAAAAUUAAGUCAUAAAAAAUAUAAGGCAUUUAUUAAAAAGCUUAAACGGCAAAAAAAGAGGAAAGAUAGAGCUAUAAACCUCAAAAAUGGCAAAAUCAAAGAAGAAGAAAUUUUCGCCCAAACACCUGGGUAUUACAAAUGGAAAGCUGACCAAGAGAAAUUGCGAUAUUUAAAAGAAGAAAAUGAGAAAAAUCAAAUCUCUGAGAAUAAUAGGUUAUGGCUUCUUAGGGAAAAACAAGCCAUAGAUGCUUUCAAUAUAAAGAAAUAUCAACAAUCACCAAUCCAUAUUCUUAAAGUAGACCGAUCUAUUAAAAAAGCAGCAAUCAACAUCGAAAAGGCUCCCCCCAGAAAACAUUUACAAAAUCGACCAACACAUAACCCACUUGCCCCUCUCAAUUACAAUGUGGUGACCAUAUCGAAUGAAUCAGAGCUCUCACAUGUUGAACAUUCCGAGCUUUCGCAUAUUGAGAAUCUUGAAAAGGCGCCAGCCGAAAUUCCUGCGUGUCAUUAUUUCCAAAAAGUCGGGGCUUGUAAAUAUGGUGCCAGAUGCAAUAAAAGACAUGAUUACCCGGAAACUAGUAACACUUUACUCUUUCCUUCCAUGUAUACCGAACCUACUGACUUGGAUUCUAUUCAAUUCGAUGGACAAAAACCUACCCCUCAUUAUAAGGAGUUUUAUCGAGACGUAUACGCUGAAAUGGAAAAAUCGGGACUAAUUGCCAGAAUGGUUACUUGCAAAAAUUUUGACGCCCAUUUAAGGGGAAACGUUUACGUGCAAUAUGAAGAGAUCGAAUCGGCGGUUGAAGCAUUCAAAACUGUAAAUGGGAGAUGGUACGCCGGCAGAAAAUUAUCUUGCUAUUUUGUUAGUAUUCCCUCUUGGAGAUCAUCUAUUUGUGGUCUGUACAUGAGGGGUCAAUGUCCCAAAGGCAGGACCUGCAAUUACAUUCAUUCCUUUCCCGAAGUGCAUAUAAAAAACUCCAUAUCUCGAUUGAAUAGUAAGCAUUCAUCGAUUUUCGAAAAUCGCCGAUCAACAGCUGACCGAUCUAACGCCCCCGAUAGACAACCUCAUUUGUUAAAACAUCGGAAAGAAGCGCGAAUGAUAAAAUUGCAUAAUAAUAAUGAUGAUAAUAAUUAUAAAUCUCUCCGCGAAGAUAAUAAAGACAAAAGGAUAGAAAAAUACAAAAAUAGGAAGAAAGAGAAGAAGAGAAAGAAGAAGAGUAAAAAAGAGAAAAAAUCCAAGAGAAAAGAAGUAUAAAAAAGAAAGAAUGGAUGAUAGACUAAUGUUGGAAAAUACAAAUUGACUGAUAAUAUCUUUAUUAUGAUUUAUCAUAUAGUGCUUAGUCUAAUGAUUAUUGCUAGUCACAAAUGCUCAAUUUAUUCAUCCAUGAACAUGGAUAAACAUUGCCAUUUUUUCACAACGGGCUGAAACUCAGGAUCAGGGAAAUAAAUAUCCUUGAAAAUCUUUCUAAUUUAACUUUAAAAUAAUACACUUAUUUAUAAUUUAUAACCGACUGUGUUAUAUCAUAUUACUAUGUUUAUGUAUUUGCCUAAUGUUAAUGUAUUUUAUAAUAAUAAAAUUCUUUUU